AUGCCGGUGAACAUGGCUGGAUGCACCACAGACUGCGUGGAGAAGCCGAUCUCCAUCUGCUUCCAGAAGUUCGGCCGGUUUGUGGGAACUUAUCCGUGGUGGUUCUUCGUUUCUCCUCUAUUCAUCUCAGCGGUGCUGGGGAGUGGAUUUUAUUUCUUAGAAGAACGUGAGGCCAAUGACAUUGAGGAUCAGUUCACACCUGUGAACGGUCCUGCCAAACUGGAGAGGCUGUUUGUGCAGCAGAACUUCCCGCAGAACGACUCGGUGUUCUCCAACCAGAGACUCUACACGGAUGGAGUUUACGCAUCCUUCAUCGCGGUGUCCAGAUCCUCCAACAUCCUCACGGAUGCUGCAUUUCAGGAGAUUGUCUCUUUAGACAGAAAAGUCAGGGAGCUGAACGCGUCCAUGGGUCACGAGGUGCUCACUUUUGAGGGACUUUGCGCGAGAAGGUACAAGAAAUGCAUACCUAAUAAGAUAUUGGACAUUUACAAAUAUUACGGGAAAACUUUGGAAAUGACCGAGCUCGCUUUUCCGUUCUUUCGUUUUGGAUUCUCGUACAUUUUCCUGGGCUAUUCGGUCGGUGGAGUGAAUCUAAAUUCCUCUGUUAUCCAAAGUGCCAAAGCUGUUCGCCUGUUAUAUUUUCUGAAGGAGGAUAAUCGUUCCAGAACAGAUUUGUGGCUGAAUGAAUACCUUAAAGUUUUCCCCUCUAAUUUAUCACUCAACUUUAUUAAGGUGACCCAUUCCACAUCUUUAUCAAGACAGGUGGAAUUUGAGGCAAACACAAAGGAUGUGAUUCCUCUCUUCUCCAUCACAUAUGUAAUUGCCAUUGCAUUUUCCAUUCUCUCUUGUUUGAGGUUUGAUUGUGUGAGGAACAAAGUGUGGGUGGCUACAUUUGGGGUGUUCUCCGCUGGACUGGCUGUCCUAUCCUCUUUUGGGAUGAUGUUGCACAUUGGAGUCCCGUUUGUCAUGACAGUAGCUAACUCUCCAUUCUUGAUAUUAGGAAUCGGAGUGGAUGACAUGUUCAUCCUCAUCUCCUGUUGGCAGCAGACAAAUGUACACGAUCGAGUAGAGACUCGUCUGGCGAACACAUACAAAGAAGCCGCCAUCUCAAUAACCAUCACCACACUCACGGACGUACUUGCGUUCUACAUCGGUCUCAUGACACCAUUUCGCUCCGUUCGGUCCUUUUGCAUGUACACUAGCACCUCCAUCCUGUUCUGUUACAUCUACAGCAUCACAUUUUUCGGUGCAUUCCUGGUUCUCAACGGAAGGCGCGAGAACAGCAAUAAGCAUUGGCUGACCUGCAAGGAGGUACCAGAUGAGUGCCCUGUGGGUCAGUCAAAAUGGUAUGAGCUAUGUUGUGUGGGUGGAGCAUAUGACCGCCACACUGGCAAAGAGGAGGUGCAACCCAUGAAUCACUUUUUUAAAAAAUACUACGGCCCUUUCCUGACAAAAUCAUGGACAAAGGUGUUUGUGAUUCUGUUCUAUUGUAUCUAUUUGACAAUUAGCAUUUAUGGUUGCUUCCAGAUUCAGGAAGGAAUUGAUCUGCGAAAUCUGGCAGCAGAUGAUUCUUAUGUGGUGAAAUACUACGACAACGAGAAGGCAUAUUUCUCUGAAUAUGGCCCAAAUAUCAUGGUCGUGAUUCGACGAGAAUUUCCAUAUUGGGAUGAAAAGUACAUGUCGGAUCUAGAAACUUGCAUUGAGGAUUUCAAAAAUUUGUCAUUCAUUGAGAAGGAUAUAUUUACUUCUUGGAUGAAAUCAUACAAGUACUAUGGGUAUCACACCAAACUGAAUUUGAGCUCUGAAAAUGUCUUUAAAGAUCAUUUGGGAACAUUUCUCAGAUUCUAUUCUGAUUUCAAACAGGAUGUCAAUUUCACCAACAACUCCAUCCACGCAUCUCGGUUUUUCAUACAGACUGUAAAUAUCUCCACAGCCCUUGAUGAGAUGAACAUGUUGAAUAAACUGAGAGACACCGCAGAAAGGUGCCCAGUGCCCUUGCUGGUGUACCACCCUGCCUUCAUCUACCAUGACCAGUAUGCUGUAAUAGUAACCAAUACCAUCCAGAACAUUGCUGUGACAACAGCCGUAAUGUUGCUUAUCUCUCUCCUGCUCAUUCCAAACCCUCUCUGCUCUCUCUGGGUGACAUUUUCUAUUGCAUCUGUCAUUGUGGGUGUCACUGGGUUCAUGGCUUUAUGGGAUGUUAAUUUAGACACCAUCUCCAUGAUCAUCCUUGUUGUCUGCAUUGGUUUUUCUGUAGACUUCUCUGCUCAUAUAUCCUACGCCUUUGUCUCAAAUAAGAAGCCCAGUGCAAAUGAAAAGGCAGUGGAAGCCCUGUUUUAUUUAGGUUAUCCCAUUCUGCAAGGAGCUGUGUCCACUAUCCUAGGGGUGGUAGUGUUGUCUGCAUCAAAGAACUACAUCUUUAGAACAUUCUUCAAAAUCAUGUUCCUGGUAAUCUUCUUUGGUCUCAUCCAUGGCAUAACUUUUAUACCAGUUUUUCUGACCUUCUUUGACAUAUGUAGUGGCACUCCGGCUAAAAUCAGUGGUAAGAAUAAGGAAGGUCCAGAGGAGCAAGACAUGAAGAACAGCCAUACCAAUAUUAUUCAAGCACAGAUAAAAGAUAGUGAGAUGAAAGAGAAGAAAAUUUACGACAAUCACACUUUUCAGCCCGACAACCACCGGAUAUGUCAUUCUCAGCCCUGCAUUUGGAUGAUUACUGGCAAUAACCAGCUUGUUCCAGAGAAUCAUAUGUGCAUGGCAAGCACUAUCCCAAUGUUCAGAGUGGACAGUCAAACCUAUGAAGUGCACAUGUAUACACCCUCUGAUGAUGCAUUGUUAAAAGUCAACUCGCACUCAAAACAGGGCUCUGAAGAUCAACAUUGUGUUUUAGGAAAUUGCAACCACAUUCAAGAUUCAAAUGUUCCCACUCUUAACUGUUCUGAUGUGGCCGUUUUAUGA